CUGUAGCUGGUGGUGGUGACCAUUGUGGUGACCCUUCCACUAGCACGUUUCGCAUGGAGCAAGUCAGUCAUACGGCAAGCUGACUAAUGUUAGCUGCUGCUAGCUAAGAAGAAAAUGCACCGAACUCACUAAACUCAAUGUUGGAGCUGGCAGGGUAAGCGAUUGGAUAAUGCAAGAGACUGCUUAUGUCGGAAUUGCGGGAACAAUGGUGAAGUACUUCAGCUGCAUUGGGUUUCUGAAGAGCUCUUGGGACCAAGUCUUCAUUGCAUUCUGGCAGAGGUACCCCAACCCAUACAGUAACCAUGUCCUGACGGAGGACAUUGUGUUUCGGGAGGUGACCACGGACAACCGACUCAUUUCCAGACGUCUGUUGACCAAAACGAGUCGGGCCCCCCGGUGGGCAGAGCGAUACCUACCAGUACAGAUGUCCCGCUGUGCCUACGUCAUGGAAGACUCCAUUGUGGACCCCCAAGCAAAGACCAUGACCACUAUGACCUGGAACAUCAGCCACGCCCGCCUCAUGUCUGUGGAGGAGCGGUGUGUAUACAGGGUGAAUCCGGAGAACGGCAGCUGGACACAGAUAAAGAGGGAGGCCUGGAUCUCUUCCAGUCUGUAUGGCCUCUCCAGAGCCUUCCAGGAGUUUGGCCUAGCAAGGUUUAAGAGCAGCGUUACAAAGACAAUGAAAGGCUUUGAAUACGUCCUGGCCAAAAUGCAAGGGGAGACCCCCUCCAGGACCCUGGCGGAGACGGCUAAGGAGGCGAAGGAGAAAGCUCGGGAAACCGCACUGGCGGCCACGGAGAAGGCCAAAGGCCUGGCCUCCCAGGCUCAGAAGAAGCAGUUCGUGUGAGGCUUGGAGGGGCGAGAGGCGGUGGUCACAAAGCUCAGACCCAACAUCCACGUUGCAGCUCCUACCCCCCACCCCGCCCUGCAGGCUCCAGCCCUGGGAGCAACCCCCCUGUCUCCAAACUCCGGCUCCCCCCCCACUCUCCCCUCCGGUGCCUGGAAUCUCACCACCUCGCCCCAUACCAUUCCUUCACGCACAGAACGUGCUGCAGCUGAAUCUCACGGAAUAAUUUCCUUAGUAUGCCGGUACCUCUCUGCAGCACAUAGCCAGCUAGCACUCAAUGGCCCAACAACAGUACUUGAUUUAUCUAAACCAUAUGUUUAAGAGUUAAAUUGUAAAUACUGCUUUUAUUUGUUUGCCGUAUGCUUGCAUCCGUACUUAAUUACUUGAACCCCGCACUUCAAAUGCUUGACUAGAUAAUUUCACAAACCUUCUCCUUGUUUCUUUUCCUGUUACAAAAUUGUAAAUUCAUUGCUUCAAAUUGAAGUUAUUAGUGUGACCUUUGGUCCACUUUAUUUGCACUCAUAGCCUGUAAGACCUGAUGUGUGGACCUUGAACCAUCGUAAGGGUGUGUCGAACGCAGCUGUACUCUUUAGAAACGUUGAUGGACUUUGAUCACUGGAUCGCAGUCCAUGGGGAUGCCUCAAUGUUUUAUUACAGAAAGUGGUCAAAAUUUACAAUUAUUUACUGUAUUUGUAACUGCUUCAUGAAUAUGGAAAGAUUAAAAAAAGGAAAAGGAUUUGGAAGUUGUAAAGUUAAAGUGUAAAAAAUUUGUACACGUUACCAAUCAGUUUAACAAUAAACCAGUUUUCUAUCAAAA